AUGUAUCAGGUCUCCAUCCUGCCUCUCACAUUGGCAAAAUUUAGACCCAGUCGGAAUAACCUGCUUGGUUAUUCAAAAGGACUUUUUUGGGGAUACUCACCAAGAGUGUUUUUGUCAUUAAUUUUAGCUGAUAAUGUGUCCCACAUCUCUCAGAGACAGGCGUCUCCACCUGUUGAAGAUGGACAGGUGUCCAGCUCUUUGGCCCAGCAUCUUGGUCCGGCAGUCCAGACAAACCCAUGGUGGAUCCCUCCUUGGAAGCGAGGGCCGGACAGGACGGGUCUCCAGCAAGCUGACGACAACAGCCUUCAGUCGGGCAAGCCUCUUGGUGCGGGACGAGGCAGAGGCAGAGGCCGGGGCAGGGGACGGGGGCGUGGACGUGGACGUCGGGGACGCUAUAAUGGAUCCCAGCGCCAAUCUCAAACUCCUGAUCCUGCUUUACUCGCGUUAAAGCCAUUCGGAGACGAGACAACAGAUGAUCCACAGCCAUCCCAGAUAGUGAAGAAAAGCUCUUCGUGCAACACGGGCCCAAUGCAUCAGCAGCAAAGAGAGAACGGCUUGGCUCCGGUGGAUGAGGAGAAAGUUAAAUUGGAGAAGAUGCCCAACAAUAAAGAGGCCACACUUCAGGUUCAGGAGGACCCCAAAGUAAUGAUCGGGAGCGGCUUGCGUAAAGUGUGGAUCCCAUUGUCCGUGUACAAGGAGGUGUUUAAGGAGGUGGAGCCGCAGAAGGCUGUGGAGCCGGUGCUUCACGCUCUCUUCCCCAUCAGCACACUGUCCUGCAGUGCGGUCACAGGCAACCCCGCAAAGGGCAUCCAGCAACUCGACCCUAACAAAAUAGAAGCCCUUCGAGAGUUCCUGGCUGAGAUGUACCCACAGUUUGAUGUCGGCGUGAGGGGUGUGUCAUGGGCACAGUGUCUUGGAGUGAUCAACAACAUCACCAAAAACCUCAAGAAAAGAACUGAAAAAACAUCAUAUCUGCCAAAGGAGGUUGAAGGAGACACAAAAAAUGACCCUUCAUACUCACGAGGGUCUGUUUUGUGUUGUAAUCCCGAUACACACAUACUUCAUUUCAAUUAA